AUGGCCCUGAUGGCUUCACCCGUCGAUUCCCAUUCAUUCGUCCUGACGGCCAAACCGCGCGGGCGUCGCAGCAGGGGCUGCACAACGUGUCGCCAGCGAAAGGUGAAAUGCGAUGAAAAGACGCCCUUCUGUCUCCGAUGCCAGAAUAGUAACCGCGAGUGCCUGGGCUACGAAAGUCCUCAAGUCUUCAUCAAUCAGGUGCUGGCAGCAGCACCAGCCUCAGAACCAGGCCUACGCUCCCAAAACAGAGCCAGAAGAACAGUCCAAGCCUGCUCGACAAAGGCAACGACGAGUUUCUCCACCUCGGGCUUCCCCUUCGACUUCGCCUGGAGGCUCCCGCCUGAAUCCCGAUACUCGCCCCUGUCAGCUCUGUUCGCGAGCUUAAACGGCCGCUCGACGGCCUAUGUUUCCGGUCUAUGUCUGGCCGAGGCGUUUUAUGCGCGGGCCAAUAGGCGACAGGAUCUCAUGGAGCAUGCAACAGCCCUGUAUAGUCGUUCAUUGCAGCGUCUUCGCCAAGACUUGAAGAUGUUGGGCAGAGGUACAUCUGCUGCGUCCAUAUACUCGAAUCUGUGGAGCUCGUUUUUGCUCUGCCUCUACGAGAUUAUAUCUGGUGGGAGUGCGGCCGGGUGGCUAGAGCACUGUCAUGGAGUCGCCGCUCUUGUUGUUAAUUGCCUUAUCAGGCGAAAGCGGUGCUUCCUCGAGACUCUCGAUUGGAAGACUGUCCCCUGGUCUGUCAAGCAAAAAUCGCUGGGCUCCCGCCUGCAAAAUAUCUUCUGCGACAUCCCCGGAAUGAUGGAAGAGGCGGACGAAAUCUUGAGCCAGUCAGCUCAGGGCCAAGAGAUGGGACCCCUGGUUGGGCUUCUACGCGAGAGGGUGUUGAUCUUGAUGCAACAGGCGUGUGAGCUGAGAUGGCAAUGGGAAGCAGACAACUCUAAUGCAUGCAAAGAGGUUCCUUGGACAGAGUCUGGCUCAUCUUCGACAAAAGGCCAGGCACCGUCGCCAUUUCGUACCGUGUUUCACUUUUGGACGAUUGAUCGGGCCAUUGAUAUUGCUUAUUUCGACACGGUCUACCUGCUUCUCGACACCGUGCUCGACCCUCUGAUGCCGGAAUCAGAGCUGUUUUCGGACCUCAGGGAAGUACCUGUACAAACACACGUAGGGCCUUUUCCGAGUCCUUUGCUCCUCCCGUGGCAGGGGAACAGAGAGGAUUAUGCUCUUGAGAUUUGUCGAAUCGUUGACUUUAUGUCUCAUUGUGAGCACGCUAAUUUAGGCAUGUUCAUGCUCAUGUUUCCUUUAUAUAUGGCACGCGUGUGUCUGGUCAGACAUCCGGGAGUUUGUGCCUGGAUAACGAACAUGUUGGAGUCAUUGGUUCCUGAGAAGGGGUUUCACAUCGGACAAUAUUUAGCUGGUCGGAGGAGCCAAGGUGGUGAAAGAGACAAGGGAAUGGCCUACUGA